GUUGAUCCGUUCGAUAUGGCCGCAUACCUGCGAGACGGUUAUAGACUCGCGCAACCGAUAAACUGUCCAGAUGAAUUAUUCGCCGUGAUGGCGUAUUGUUGGGCGAUGUCGCCAGACGAGCGACCGACCGUCAGUCAGCUAAUUGUUUGCCUCCAAGAGUUUCACACUCAGCUGACCAGAUACGUCUAA